AUGGACUUCAUUCAACAUCCAUCAUACUUUGAACAAAUGCAUGAUAUUGCGUUGAUCUUAUGGAAAUUAACAAUGGAAAAUAUGAAUAAACUUUUGAAACGACUUGGACUACAAUGCAUUUCUUUUGAACGUUUACAAACAUCUGGACGUAUUAAUUUGAUUUUUAAUUUAAAAGCUCACACGAAAACUUCUUCAUAUAUUGAAUUCAUACUAAAAGUAUCAAAUCCUCAUUGUUAUUGGAAAGAACAUCGUAUUAAAAAUGAAGUUAAUACAAUGCAAUAUUUACUUGAACCUACGACAAUUCCUUUACCGAAAAUAUUCGAUUAUUCUGUUGAUUUUAAAACAAGUAUUUUAUCAUGUGAAUAUAUAUUAAUGGAAAAAAUUCAUGGAAAUACUUUAGAAUCUAUUAUUGAAAAAGUGUCUGAUCAAAUUUUGGUUAAAACAGCUAUUGAAAUGACUGAUUAUGUUAAACAUAGAGAAAUGUUUCUUGGUGGAUCUAUUGAAGAUGGUCCUACACUAGGACCAUUUCUUACUUUAAAAGAGUAUAUAAUUGAACAUUUACGAUGGGUAAUACGACGAAUUCAAACAGAUGAACAAUUAUUUGAAAUUGGAGAACACUUAAUACUAUCAUUAUGA